AACUAGAAGGUCGUCUUUCCCGCACAGGACGCUGAAUAAACUAAGUUCAGGUUUCCCCCCUCACUGUGUCCAUUGUAGGUCUUCUGUGUGUUUUUUACUACUUGCUGAUGUUGGAAACCCGCUUCUGUAUCUCUGUGGUAUGGGAGUGUGACAUGGGGCAGCUAUAGGAGCGGUAAUCCUCUGUGGUCCAGCAUCCUCCCUCCCUUCGUGCUCUCGCUCAAGGGCAAAUCGAGGUGCGCCUCUCCCGCCGCUGCGCAGCUGCUGAAGACAGCGCAACAUCCUCUCCUCGCUCGGGGACUCGGGACCUUUGCUCUGUGGGAUGACUGCGGAAGAGCCACUCGAAUGGAAGGAAAGAGGACAACUUGCGGCAGGUUUCAAAAUGUCCAACGUGAGGUGAUUAAGCGACAGGUAGUUGUCUAGAAUCAGUUUUGUACGCCAAACUUUGGAUUCUGGCGAUAACACACACUUUUCUGCGCUACUGGAUUUGAGUUUUUGUUCCAUUAUGAAGAAUAAACCUUGAAAAGAAGGCAUGGGUUUUACACGGAGAGUUUGGCUGUUCCUUCUUCUAAAACCCGAAGAACUCAACUCUGGAAAUGAUGCUGUGAAUCUCAGAGUUUCAUAUCUGUAAGUAAAUUCUAGUACAGGAGAAUCAGGAUGAAAAGAUGGCAGCCAUGUUGUUACCAACGGGUCCUGAUGGCUUGCGCCGGUUCACUCGCGAAUCCCUGGCUGCGCUGGAGCAGCGGAUUGCGGAGGAGCAGGCCAAGAAUGCCAAGGUUUGCCAUGAUGCUCACAGGAACACAGAGCCAUCCAAACCCAGGCCCGACCUGGAGGCAGGCAAGCAGCUGCCACGCAUCUACGGUGACAUCCCUCCAGAACUUAUCGGGUUGCCCCUGGAGGACAUUGAUCCCUUUUACUACAAGAACCAGAGGACUUUUAUAGUACUUAACAAAGGGAAGGCCAUCUUCAGAUUCAGUGCCACCUCUGCACUUUACAUAUUUAGUCCAUUUCACUUUAUCAGAUCAAUCGCCAUAAAAAUUUUAGUCCACUCAUUGUUUAGCCUGUUUAUAAUGUUCACUAUUCUGACCAACUGUUUCUUCAUGGCCAUGUCGGAUCCAGCACCAUGGACCAAGUACCUGGAGUAUACUUUCACUGCUAUUUAUACUUUUGAGUCAGCGAUAAAGAUAUUUGCGAGAGGGUUCUGUGUAGUGCCGUUCACCUUCCUGAGAGAUCCGUGGAACUGGCUCGACUUCACCGUCAUUGUCAUGGCAUAUGUGACAGAAUUUGUCGACCUUGGAAACGUCUCAGCGUUAAGAACCUUCAGAGUACUACGAGCACUGAAAACCAUCUCAGUUAUCCCAGGUCUGAAGACCAUUGUUGGUGCUUUGAUCCAGUCUGUGAAGAAGCUGGCAGAUGUGAUGAUCCUGACUGUAUUCUGUCUCAGCGUGUUCGCCCUCAUUGGCCUGCAACUUUUCAUGGGGCUGCUACGACAAAAGUGCGUCCGCAGUCUUUCACACUGCGUCAACUCCUCCUAUAGUUCCAACGCAUCCUUCUUCUGCAACAAUCGAACCUGGAGCUCCAGGGCGGACUUCCUCAACAGUGAAGAAAAUUUUUACAAGGUUGAAGGAGCAAAGGAUGCCUUAAUAUGUGGAUAUGGAAGUGAUGCAGGGAAGUGUCCAGAUGGAUUUGACUGCCUAAAAGUAGGGAGGAAUCCAAACUAUGGCUACACCAGUUUUGAUACCUUUGGCUGGGCUUUUCUGGCCCUCUUCCGACUUAUGACACAAGACUACUGGGAAAAACUAUUUCACCAGACUCUGCGCUCAGCAGGGAAGACGUACAUGGUUUUCUUUGUGCUGGUAAUCUUCCUGGGUUCCUUCUACCUGGUCAACCUCAUCCUGGCUGUAGUGGCCAUGGCCUAUGAGGAGCAGAAUCAGGCAACCAUUGCUGAGGCCUGGCAGAAGGAGAGGGAGUUUCAGCUGGCUAUGGAGCACCUUCGCAGAGAGCAAAGAUUGGCAGCCAAAAGACAAGCACAGGAGACAGACUCAGUGCUGUCCCCGGAGUUGUCUCCAUUUUGUCUGAAGACAGGCAGCAUACGUCGCAGCAGCAGCAGAAGAAGAAGAUCACACAGGACAUUGUCUGAGGAAACAGCAGAGGAAGCUGCUGAAGAGAAGUUUGAUCCGCUGGAUGACCCAAUGCCUCCUCUGUCUCCCCUUCCAGUCCACCCUCUGCUGGCUACACUCUCUGCUCACCCCCUAAGCACCAGGAGAGGAAGCCAGAACAGCAUCUUCAGCUCUUUCCGAGCCCGCAACAACUCAGAGGCUGACUUUGGAGAUGAUGAGUACAGCAUUCACGGAGACGUCUUCAGGAGUCGCACCAGUUCAACAGCAACACCCUGGAAGAGAAGGACGGGGAGUGUGCGGAGCCACUGCUCCCAGAUCUUCACCCAGAGCCUCAACGUCAAUGGCCGACUCAAUAUUUCCCUUGACCAGAAUGGAGUGACCACUCUGGGUCUGCAUACUCCCACCUCCAUGCCUGCUUACAGCAUGGAAAGGGUCAGGGAGGACACUAAACCCACUUAUGCUGAGGAAACAUUUCCCAGACCUCUCCCCCAGCCUUCCCCAACUGUGGCUGAGCCUCCUCCAGUGCCAAGGAAAAGAGGGCUAAGCUCUGUCAGCUUCCUUAGCGAUGCUAUGGGUGAAUUGGAGGAAUCACGGCAAAAGUGCCAUCCAUGCUGGUACACGUUUGCUAAGAGGUACCUGAUAUGGGACUGCUGCCCCUGGUGGCUGCAGGUGAAGGAGUGGGUGAAGUACAUGGUGAUGGACCCCUUCCUGGAUCUGGGUAUCACCAUAUGCAUUGUGCUGAACACCCUCUUCAUGGCCCUGGAGCACUACCCCAUGACGGAGGAGUUCAACACGAUGCUUUCAGUGGGCAAUCUGGUGUUCACGGGGAUCUUUACAGCUGAGAUGGUGCUGAAGCUGAUUGCGCUGGAUCCCUAUUAUUACUUCCAACAGGGCUGGAACAUCUUUGACGGAAUCAUAGUUUGUCUCAGUCUGAUGGAGUUAGGUCUGUCCAAUGUAGAGGGGCUGUCUGUCCUGCGAUCUUUUAGACUGUUGCGAGUCUUCAAGCUGGCAAAAUCCUGGCCCACUCUUAACACUCUAAUCAAGAUUAUUGGUAACUCAGUGGGCGCUCUGGGAAACCUGACGCUGGUAUUGGCCAUCAUCGUCUUCAUCUUUGCUGUGGUGGGCAUGCAGCUGUUUGGCAAGAACUACCAGGACUGUGUGUGUAAGAUCUCGUUUGACUGUCAGCUGCCUCGCUGGCACAUGAAGGACUUCUUCCACUCCUUCCUGAUUGUGUUUCGGGUGCUGUGCGGCGAAUGGAUUGAGACCAUGUGGGAUUGUAUGGAAGUUGCCGGGCAGCCCCUCUGUAUCCUGGUGUUCAUGUUGGUCAUGGUCAUAGGGAACUUGGUGGUGCUGAAUCUUUUUCUGGCCCUGCUGCUCAGCUCGUUCAGCUCUGACAACCUCUCGGCUCCUGAAGAAGACGGCGAUUUGAACAACAUCCAGAUCGCCAUCGCCCGCAUCAAUUCUGGUGUCUCCUGGGUGGUCACGAGCGCCACUGACCUCUUCAACCGCAGCUUGAAGCGUCAAAAGCAGAAGACCAAAGAAGCUGAUCAGGCCAUUAAGCUGGUUGGAAAUCACGUGGAAAGCAAUGGGGGAAUCUUUGGACGCUAUGGAGAGAAUUACAUCAUACCAGAGGAGGACAGCUACAUGACUAACCCAAAUUUGACUAUCAUUGUUCCCAUUGCACCUGGAGAGUCAGAUGUGGAGUUUCUCGAGGAGGAAGAGAAUUCUGAUUCAUCAGAGGAUGAAGACAAUAAACUGGAGAAGAUCAGCCUGUCAGAGGGAAGCACGGUGGAUCUGAGGAAGCCUGGAGAGGAGAUGGAUGUCUUAUCAGAGCUGGCUGAAGAGAGUAUGGAGCCAGAGGAAUGCUUCCCAGAAUUGUGCUCGAGACACUGUCAGUGCUGUGACAUCGAUACCAGCCAUGGCCUGGGUCAGGCCUGGUGGAGGCUGAGGAAGACCUGCUACCAGAUUGUGGAACACAGCUGGUUUGAGACUUUUAUCAUCUUUAUGAUCCUGCUCAGCAGCGGGGCUCUGGCAUUUGAAGAUAUCUACAUUGAGAAGAGAAAAGUCGUAAAGGUUGUGUUAGAGUCUGCCGACAAGGUCUUCUCCUACAUCUUUGUACUGGAGAUGUUUCUCAAGUGGAUUGCUUACGGCUUCAAGAAAUAUUUCACCAACUACUGGUGCUGGCUUGACUUUCUUAUUGUGGAUGUGUCUUUGAUAAGCCUGGUAGCAAAUUCACUUGGAUAUUCUGACUUUGCUGCAAUCAAGUCACUGAGGACCCUGCGUGCUUUGAGACCUCUCAGAGCUUUGUCCAGAUUUGAGGGAAUGCGGGUGGUUGUGAACGCUCUUAUAGGAGCCAUCCCCUCCAUUAUGAAUGUGCUGCUCGUGUGUCUUAUCUUCUGGCUCAUCUUUAGCAUCAUGGGGGUCAACCUGUUUGCUGGCAAGUUUGGGAAGUGUGUGAACAGAACAGGCUUCAUUCACAGUGUUUCUGUAGUCAACAACAAGUCAGAGUGCCUCGCUAUGAAUGACACUCAAUUCUACUGGACAAAAGUGAAGGUCAACUUUGACAACGUGGGACUCGGCUACCUUUCCCUUCUGCAAGUGGCAACAUUUAAAGGAUGGAUGGAAAUAAUGCAUGCAGCUGUAGAUUCAAGAGGAGUGGAGGAUCAACCCGUCAGAGAAAUCAACCUCUACAUGUACCUAUACUUUGUGGUCUUCAUCAUAUUCGGCUCCUUCUUCACCCUAAACCUUUUCAUUGGUGUCAUUAUUGACAAUUUUAAUCAGCAGAAAAGAAAGUUAGGUGGACAGGAUAUCUUCAUGACUGAAGAACAGAAAAAGUACUAUAAUGCUAUGAAGAAGUUAGGAUCUAAAAAGCCUCAAAAACCAAUCCCAAGACCUACGAACAUUCUUCAAGAAUUCUUCUUCGAUCUCGUGUCUAAGCAAGCCUUUGACAUCAUGAUCAUGAUGCUCAUCAUUGUCAACAUGGUGACCAUGAUGGUGGAAACCGAUGAGCAGUCAGACCGCAUGGAGUCUAUUCUCAACAAGAUCAACCUGGUCUUCAUUGUGAUCUUCACCACCGAAUGCCUGAUCAAGAUCUUUGCCCUCCGUUGUUAUUUCUUCACAGUUGCGUGGAACAUCUUUGAUUUUGUGGUGAUAAUUCUUUCUAUUGUGGGGAUUGUUCUUGCAGACAUCAUUGAGAAGUACUUUGUAUCUCCAACCCUGUUUCGAGUCAUCAGACUGGCAAGAAUAGGACGUGUACUUCGACUUAUACGUGCAGCCAAAGGAAUAAGGACUUUACUGUUUGCCUUAAUGAUGUCCAUGCCAGCACUGUUCAACAUUGGCCUCUUGCUUUUCCUCGUCAUGUUCAUCUAUGCUAUUUUCGGUAUGGCAAACUUUGCCUACGUGAAAAAACAAGAUGGGAUUGAUGACAUGUUUAACUUUGAGACCUUUGGGAAUAGUAUGAUCUGCCUUUUUCAGAUCAGCACCUCUGCAGGUUGGGACAACCUCCUGAGUCCUAUAAUGUCCAGCUCCCCAGAAGAAUGCGACGUUAACUUUGUCAACACCGGCACUAACACCCGGGGAAACUGUGGCAGCCCAUCAGUGGGCAUAGCUUUCUUUGUCAGUUACAUCAUUAUUUCUUUUCUCAUUGUGGUAAAUAUGUAUAUAGCUAUCAUUCUGGAGAACUUCAGCGUAGCCACAGAGGAGAGUACAGAGCCUCUGAGUGAGGAUGACUUUGAAAUGUUUUAUGAAGUGUGGGAGAAGUUUGAUUCUGAGGCCACACAGUUUAUUGAGUUUUCCAUGCUGUCAAUCUUUGCUGACACUUUGUCGGAGCCACUGCGCAUAGCUAAGCCCAACAUGAUCAAGCUGAUUGCUAUGGAUCUUCCCAUGGUCAGCGGAGAUAGGAUCCACUGUCUGGACAUCCUGUUUGCCUUCACAAAACGUGUUCUGGGAGAGUCAGGUGAGAUGGAUGCCCUCAAGCAGCAAAUGGAGGAGAAGUUCAUGAUGGCCAACCCCUCCAAGAUUUCCCAUGAGCCUAUCACAUCUACACUGCGACGCAAAAUGGAGGAGGUGUCUGCAAUCAUCAUCCAGAGGUGUUACAGGAGGCAUCUAGUGCGUCGGCAGAUGAAGCAGGCAUCCUACCUCUAUAGACAAAUAAACUACGAGACUGUAGUGGAUGUGGAGAAUGCUCCAGAAACAGAGGGCCUGAUAGCUUCCAUGAUACAGCACUAUGGACCAAUGGGGAUGGGAGUUGUAGAGACAACAGAGGACACUCGAUUGUCCUCGCCACCAUCUUAUGAAAGUGUGACCAGGGCAACCAGUAACCUCUCUGAGGUUGUCAGAUCCAUAUGUAGAGACUCUGAACUUGGGGAGCCUGGUGAAAACUAUGAGGAAACUUUUCUUUGAGAUUUGAUUGCGCGGGGUGUGUUUUUGUCUGUUUUGUUUACAGCAGAGAAUUCAGGUGCUAGAAGCAAAGGCAACUGGAUUUCUUUUAGGUUGUUCAAGACAUUUCACCUCUCUUCUGAAAAGUUUCCUCAGUUCUAAAAACUGAUGGGAAGUCCCAGGUAUUUAAUGUCUAAUGCAGUUAUCACCAUGGGGGUGGUCUUAGACCGUCUGGGGAGGGAUCUCAAGGUUGCACAAGGUGGCUGAUAGUAGGUGCCAUAAGCACCCACCUCUCUUUGAGGGUGUAGUUCUACCCAUCAGUUUUUAGAAUUGAAGAAGCCUUUCUGAUGAGAGCUGAUAACAUCUUCAGCAGCCUAAAAGAAAUCCAUUUGCCUUUGCUUCUAGCACUUGCACUACCAUAAACCGGAUGACUGAGAACCAUACAGACAUACAGCAGAGAAUAUAGCUCAAAAUAACUCACGGUCAAAGAGAUGAACUUUUUUAUAUGUUGGCACAUGCCGAGGAAAUAUGCAAUAUUUUAAAGUAACCCUCCUAUUAAAUUGAAUAACCUAGAAGUAAAUUUUGUUACACACUCACAACCUCCAAGAGGAAGACACUGUGGUUAAAUUUGUUCUCACCAAAUGAAAUAAUGUUUGUUCAAAUUCAGUCACUCUGAUGAAUGUUGAUUGUUGUUGGCUCAAUAGCGUGCUAGCAGGGUAACUAAUUAGCUAUAUUCAUUGAAUUGAUUUCACUACUGUUGACAUUGGUUUAAUCUAUUUUGUUGCAAGAACUCAGCUUUUGUUCAGAAAUAUGUUUCUAGGUUGAGGUCACCCCAAGACCGAAGACCGAAGAGACACUAAACGGAUGAAUAAAAUCCCAUUCACCACCUGUUAUUGACUCCAGUCUGCAAAUGCUCAGAGGUUUUGAAUCACCUUUACAGCCAUGUCGCUUCUGGUUCAACAACACACUGUAGCUACAUUGUUCAUAAAUGAACAGACUGGCAUCUCCAGGUAGCUACUGUACUGCAGCUAGGCUACAGUAUAUUGGCUGUUUUUAAAAAAAGCUGUUUAAAAACUGUCACUAAAAUUAUUUUAACCAAAAUUUAUGACAGUUCCAAUGAGUCAACACUUUAAAUUUAACAAAAAAUAUGAGUACUUGUAAGCCGAACUAUAAAUUAAUAAUAAUUUGCAUUGGUAUUUUUUUCAGUUAUGAGUUGUUUGUUCAAUAAAAUUAUUCCUUAAUGUGCACUUUGAAUGAAGUUGCUUUAUAAUUUAUAUGAUGAUAGAUAUAUGGCCCCUGUAGCAUCAAAUGCAUUGAGGUCAUGACACAAACACUUGAAGAAAAGCACAAUUUCUUGUUUUCUUAUCCAGUCUAUACAACUACUAAUAUGAAGAAAUGUAAUAUCCUUUUGCAAAAAACUACUAAUUACUACUAAUUUCUAAUUAUUUUAUGAAACAUAGCACAUUACAAGUUUAACUUGCAUUGAUGUAUCAAUUACAAUGAAGGGAUGUGUGUACUAAUAAUCCCUGAAUUACGUGCCUGAUUUUGAUUGUCGUCCGCACACUUCUCUAGACCAUUUAAUUUGAUCUGAUGGAUGUGGAUUGGAAGAGCGUGAAUGCACUGAAAGUUAAUUUUGUAGUUAAAUGUGUAAAGAACUUGCUCAUUUUUACCUAUUUUUUGUAAUGUAUUUAUAAUGAAGGACCAUUUCAGCGACUCUCUUGACAGCCAUAACAUGAUAUGAUCAAAUUAUAUAAAUAUACUGUGUUCAUUUUUAUAUAAGACUUACCUUGAGAACCUGAUUGACUGUAUUGCAUUUAGGUUUAUCAUUUCAUGGACUGUUUUAUUAAAUGGUAAUAAAACACUUUUCCAUAUUUGUGAGUUUUCCAACUCUCAGUUCAAAUAGUUGGGUGACAAAUUCUUGUUUUAAACACUUUGCUCUAUUUUCACAUGUAUUGAUGCGGUUCCGAAUGUGCUUUGUUGUACUCAAAAAUGAAAGUAAAAUUCAAAACUGUGCACUGUCUACAUUUUCACAUGAGGGACCAGUUAGCUGAUAUGACCUCAUUACAAGGCAGGAUGUGGUUAAAUCUCUCUCUCUCUGAGUCCAUGUGCAUAAAAAAAGGGAAAAAAAAAUACAGGACAGAUGUGCAAACCACUGCAUCUCCAUGGCUGUCCCUGUGAGUGUAUUGCCCUUUAAAGCUUGAAUUUGUUUAUAAUGCCUCUACAAAUGCAGUAAAAUCACAUAAACCCCCUCAAUAAUGUACUCAAAAUAGCCUGUGCUUAUGGAUAAUUUCACUUAUUCGUUGAGGCAUGUUAGUGAGUAGAGGAUCAUGCACAAAAAAAUACUAUAAAGUAGUGCUGCUGCAUGAUUAACCACCAUAAAAUCUACUGUAGUCUUGGAAAAUCCAACCAUUAUGACUGGACAUGAUAGUGGACAGACAUAGGAAAAAAGCCACAGAAACUUUCUUUUUUAGCUUUUCGGUUUUCUGUCUCUAGCACACAGCUAGAGAACACGCACAGAGGUGAAUUGCAAGAAUGAUUUCUUAUGUUUAAAUGUCAGUGAUGAGUUCAAGUUAAUAGUUGCACAUUGCCAUGUUCUCUGUUUAGAAAAAAAAUCAUCAAGGGUGCCAAUUUGGAUUUAGCCCCAA